CCCGGGUCAAGCAAAAAAAUGCCCACCACAAACGCCGAUCCUGCAGCUAUUUAGCGUGCUGCUUCCCCGCUUCAGGGUUGCUGCAUAUGGCUGGCGACUCUGCUCCCCUUCCCAUUUACUCUCUCUCUCUCUCACACACACACACACAACUGCAACAAUGGCACUGCAAUGGUUCUGAAAAAUAUGUCCUCUUCCCGACGCGUCAAUCGAUCCCAUCUCCUGCCGAAUGGCGAGAGACUGUUUUACAUGUGUACUUCCAUCUAAUCCGUAGUCGAUCCCCUAUAUUGCGCCCCUGAUAAGCGCGCCUACAGUUCACCCAGCCCACUCCCGAACCAUAAGAAGCAUACAUAUUAAUCUCCCAAAAAAUCCCCCAGAAUGAAGCUUUGCUUGUCCGCCCAUUCCAGUGGCGGUGGAUUAGGUGCAAACCUCUCCGUCAUCACCACCAUAUAUCUCCUCCUCGCUAUCGUCGCCUUCACCAUUGCCCUACCGAUCACACAACAAUCAGAUUCAAUCAGCACCGUUCAACUUCCAACGGUACGCGAACAGCGAAGUCUACCCGGGUCGCUUGCAACUGCUCCGGAAGGGGCGGUUGGGGACCCUCCUUCGCCAGUGUAUGGAUCAGAAGGUCAUGAUACAGAGCCAAUGCCAACGAAGAAACCCGUAUAUUUCACAUUGCUAGCGAUUUCAGUGUUUCGAAUCGGGUAUGGCGUCAAGGGUAAGGGGUCUCUAGCUUGGAAGCGCGAUGGACUUUUCAUGGGUAGUUUGGACGGUGUGAUAUGUUGUGUCGAGGGAAAACAUAAGCAAUGGAUCUUUUGCCGCCGUCACAAAGGGCAUGUUUUUCGAUACGCGAAUGACAAAGCUGAGAUAUUCAGGGUCAAAGAAGCCGUGUUUACCACGAUUGGUGGACAGGGGCAUGUUUCCUAG